AUGGCCCGUCCUGCUGCCCGCGCCCUGUGCGCCCUGCGUCUCGCACGCCCCGUCGUUCCUCGGCCGGCUCUCUCGCGCACCCCCGUCGCCCCGGUCACCCUCACCCCGGUCACCACCCGCUCGCUCAAGACCAUCGACUUCGCCGGCACCAAGGAGACCGUCUACGAGCGGGCAGACUGGCCGCGCGAGAAGCUUCUGGACUACUUCAAAAAUGACACCCUCGCACUCAUCGGCUACGGCUCGCAGGGCCACGGCCAGGGCCUCAACCUGCGCGACAACGGCCUCAAUGUCAUCGUUGGCGUGCGAAAAGACGGCGCCUCCUGGAAAGAGGCCAUCCAGGAUGGCUGGGUGCCUGGCAAGAACCUCUUUGACGUGCCCGACGCCAUCAAGCGUGGCUCCAUCGUCAUGAACCUGCUCAGCGACGCCGCCCAGAGCGAGACCUGGCCCGCCAUCAAGCCGCUCCUCACCAAGGACAAGACCCUCUACUUCUCCCACGGCUUCUCCCCUGUCUUCAAGGAUCUCACCAAGGUCGACGUCCCCACGGAUAUCGAUGUCAUCCUCGUCGCCCCCAAGGGCUCCGGCCGCACCGUGCGCUCCCUCUUCAAGGAAGGCCGCGGCAUCAACUCCUCCGUCGCCGUCUUCCAGGACGUCUCCGGCAAGGCCAAAGAAAAGGCCGUCGCGCUCGGUGUCGCCGUCGGCUCCGGCUACCUCUACGAAACCACCUUCCAGAAGGAAGUCUACUCGGAUCUCUAUGGUGAGCGCGGCUGUCUUAUGGGUGGCAUCCACGGCAUGUUCCUCGCCCAGUACGAGGUCCUGCGUGAGCGCGGCCACUCCCCCAGCGAGGCCUUCAACGAGACCGUCGAGGAGGCUACCCAGAGUCUGUACCCGCUCAUCGGCGCCAACGGCAUGGACUGGAUGUACGCCGCCUGCUCCACCACUGCCCGCCGCGGCGCCAUCGACUGGAGCGCACGUUUCAAGGACACCCUCAAGCCGCUCUUCAACGACCUCUACGACAGCGUCAAGGAUGGCAGCGAGACCAAGCGCUCCCUCGAGUACAACUCGCAGCCCGACUACCGCCAGAAAUACGAGAAGGAGAUGCAGGAGAUCCGAGACCUCGAGAUCUGGCGCGCUGGCAAGGCCGUCCGCUCACUCCGCCCCGAAAACCAGAAAUGA